AUGGAGGCCGGGCUGCUGAGCGCUGUGCUGGGCGUCGUCAUGGUGCAGACGGCCGGGCAGAUCCUGGACCUGCAGAAGAUUGCAGGAUUCUGGCGGGAAGUUGGUGUGGCUUCCGACCAGAACCUGGCACUGAAGACCCCGAAGAAGCUGGAGGCCUUGUUCCUGAACUUGAACGGGGAAGAGCUGACCGUGAAGGCUGCGUAUAACAACUCAGGAAAUUGUGAGACAGAAAAAAUAGUGGGCUUAGAAAUCGAUGUUUCAGGGAAAUUCAUUUUUCCUGGCCACAGGGAGAUCCACGUGGUAGACACGGACUACGAGCAGUACGCGAUCCUGAGGGUGUCCCUCGUCUGGCGGGACAAGGACUUCCACGUGCUCAAGUACUUCACUCGGAGCCUCGAGGAUGAGUAUGAACCAGGCUUCUGGAGGUUCCGGGAGAUGACAGCGGACAUAGGGCUUUACCUGGUGGCCCGGCAUGGGAGGUGUGCCAAACUCCUGAAGGAGGUGAGCCUUCUCCCCGGUCUGCACUGA